UUCAAAAUCGUGCCAUUCAUCUAUUACAUAAAUUAGAGAAAGCUGCUAUUGCUUCCAAUCCAUUAUCUGAAAGUGUAAAAACAAAAGCUUAUUGUAUGCUUUCUGAAUGCACAGAAUUUUUUGCUCAUCUUGAAAAUAGAAAUCUUUUAUUAUGUGUAGCACUCUCAUUUUUUACUGUAGCACAACAGGCUAUAAGAAAAUUAGAAAAAGUUGAAAAUCAAUUAAGAAUGCUAUCUGGAGAAUCUAUGAAUUCUUCCUUAGUUCGAAAAUUUGCUCAAAUUCAGCAAGAGAUAGAAGAUAUUGUUAAUCCAGCACUCCAGGAAGGGAGAUCACUACUGGAAAAAGUUGAUAGAUAUGAUAAAGGCUCGCAAGGUGUCGUAAGAAAGAAUGAAAAUACUGUUGCAUUAAGAAAGCCUUUAUACCAUAUACUCAUCGUGUAUUCAAUAAAGUCCACAAUAGGAAGGCUAGGUGGUUGGUUUUCAAACACUUUCGCCCUUUGGGAACUAAGAGGACCUCUUUUAGCAAAAUCAUUACGAGUUCGGCCAGGCCAAAAAUGGGGCGGCCAGGUAGUGAGGGACGGGGCCUGA